AUGGGCAAUGAGAUGGGGAACAAUAACACAUCUGGUCUAAAAGAUGCAGAAGAAGAUAACACAAAUGCAAUAGAUUCCAAAAACUUGUGGAACAAGGCUGCUGAUGCAGACAAUGUUAGAGGAGAAAAUCAGACAGUUCCAACACCUGAAGCUAAAGAUUUGCACGAGAAAGUAACAGGGUUGGCUUUAGAUGAUCCAACAGGAGCAAAAGAUCGUCAUAUUGAAAAUGAGAGACCAGGUGGUGAAGAGCAAGAAGAAAAUGAAGUUCAUCCUCCCACUGAAUCUGCAAAAGCAGUAAUGGAAUCAAUUGAAGCAAGCAGUCAAACUAAUGAAAUCAGACCAGCUCCUUUGCAAAAAGAUUCAGAAAUUCAUCCUCCUACUGAAUCUCCAAAAACAGUAAUGGAAUCAAUUGAAGCAAGCAGUCAAACUAAUGAAAGCAGAUCAGCUCCUUUGCAAAAGGAUUCAGAAAUUCAUCCUCCUACUGAAUCUCCAAAAGCAGUAAUGGAAUCAAUUGAAGCAAGCAGUCAAACUAAUGAAAUCAGACCAGCUCCUUUGCAAAAAGAUUCAGAAGUUCAUCCUCCUACUGAAUCUCCAAAAGCAGUAAUGGAAUCAAUUGAAGCAAGCAGUCAAACUAAUGAAAUCAGACCAGCUCCUUUGCAAAAAGAUUCAGAAGUUCAUCCUCCUACUGAAUCUUCUAAAGCAGUAAUGGAUUCAAUUGAAGCAUGCAGUGAAAAUAGUGAAAGCAGACCAGCUCCUUCGCAAAAAGAUCCAGAAGUUCCUCCUCCUACUGAAUCUCCUAAAGCAGUAAUGGAAUCAAUUGAAGCAUGUAGUGAAAAUAAUGAGAUCAGACCAGCUCCUUUGCAAAAAGAUUCAGAAGUUCAUGAAAAGACAGAAGAGUCCAUUUUGGAGGAGAUUCUAUUGGUGACAAGUGAUCAUCAGCGUGAGAAGCAAGCUUCCAUGAAUGAAGAGCAAGAAGAAAAAGAAGUUCAUCCUCCUGAUGAAUCUUUAAAAGCAGCAAAAUCAAUUGAUGCAUGUGGUGAACACAAUGAAAUCGAACCAGCUCCUUCACCAAACGAUUCAGAAGUUCAUGCCAUAGACUCAAAUUUGGAGGAGAAUCUAUUGGGAACAAGUCAUCAUCAGCUUGAGAAGCAUGCUCCCAUUAGUGAAGAGGAAGAGAGGAUCAGAAAUUCAAAUUUUAAUACUAAAUCUACACCACGUGAACCAGAACCUCAACAAUCUUUUCAUUUAGAUUCCGAUCAACAUGAUUUGGAUGAAGUUAAUGCUAACCUAUCUGAAGAAGAUAGCAGUGGAAAUGAGGAUUUUGUAGGGUCUAGUUUAAAAUGUGCUAGUGAGGAGAAUAGUCACUUUUUAGGCCCUGACAUAUCAAACAAUCUGAGUAACAAUCCUGUUGUGGAAAAGAAAAUGGGCGAAUCGUUUGUAAAAGAAGUACCAUCCCAAGAAGAAAAGAUGUCAUACAGUGAGAAUAAGCUAGGGUUUGAUUUGAGCAGUUUGACAACAAGAACAUCAGACACUCCAAGAAGUGUUGGGAACAAAUCCAAUAAGGAGUUAUCUAUCAAGGAAAAUUCAAUUAGGAAUGAUUCCUUGAAUUUACAAUUUGAAAAUGUUGUGCUGGAUGAUUCAUUAAAAUCCCAUCAAGAAGUUUCUGAGCCGGAGGACAAAUGCAUGGUUCUUACUGAAGAAACCAAAAUAAUAGGAAGUGGAUCAGAAAUUGAAGAGACGCCACAUGAGUACAACCCAACUCAGUUCUGUGAAGAGCCAGUGAAAGAACCAAAGCCUGAAGAAGCAGAUGGAUCCCAAUCAGAAUUCAAGAAGGUUGGGACUGAAAAUGAGGACUAUGAAAUGAGAAGCCAAGUUGAUAUUUCUAGUAAUCUCAGGAGUACUACUACAAAAGGCUGUCAAAUUGAGGAGGUAAAGGUUGCUGAGAAUGCUUGCCAAGUUGGUGUGUUUGUUAGCAACCAGAAUAAGGCUUCUGAUGGACACCACAAGGACUCAGAACUAGAGCUUCUGGUGGUUUCUGAACAUGGAACGGAUCCUAUUCCAGCAGAGUUGGUUGUAACAGAUUGCAGAUGUGAAGAGGAGCAACCGGAGGAGAAGACAAUUGUGGAAGAAAUAGAGGGCAAAGCAGAAGCUUCAUAUGCCACAGUGACUGAUACAGAAGGAAGCAAAACCACAAAACAAUGUCUGUCUCAACCACUUCUGAUUCAGCAGGCAGAAGCUUUUCUCUCACAUUUUUCUGCUUCUAUUCCAAGCACCUCUGAACCAACCCCCGAAGCAAAAAAAUUAGAGACAGUAACAGAAACUACAUCUUCAGCAAGCAAGUCCAAUGUUGAAGGGGUGAGAGGUGAAGAAGUAUCUGCAUUUGCAACAGGUAGUUUGAAAAGGCAUAGCACUGAAACAAAUCCUGAUAACAUGAACACUCAUGUUCAGCUGCGAAAGUCCCAAAGUUUUGAUUUUGAUCUCCGAAUUGAAGCAAGAGGAAAAGAGUCAGAUCAAACCCCACUACUCUUUCAGGAUAAGGCUGCAAUGGAGAGCAGCUCAUCGAAGCAGGCUGAUGUUAGCCUUGGAAACCCAGUUGUUUUGCAUGUUGGAUACAACCAAGAAGCCUUACAGUAUCAAUUCAAGGCCAUGGAGGAGAAGGUCAUCACAUUGGAAAGAAGUGAUUCUGAGAAGUCAAGAACUCCAUUCAUAGGGUUCUUGAAAGAAGAGAAGGAAGAAGAAGCUCAAAUUGUUGUCACACCACAGAAACAAGAAGCAACCAGAGAAUUGUGCAACUUGUCUAGUAAGGAAGCUGCAUCAACUCCACGGCCUAAAGGUAAAGAGAAGCGCAAGCCCAGGUCUUCCUUCUUUAGCAACUGCAUGUGUUGUGCCACAAUGAUUAAUUAA